CUAUUCCAUUGAAAUCACCAAAUGGCGGACGACGCCGGUGCUAACAGGGGAGGUUUCCGUGGGGGCUUCGGCGGUGGUGGCCGAGGCCGCGGUCGUGGAAGAGGCAGGGGGCGCGGCAGAGGACGCGGGGCCCGUGGGGGCAAAGCUGACGACAAGGAAUGGGUGCCAGUCACCAAGCUUGGACGUCUAGUCAAGGACAUGAAGAUCAAGUCCUUGGAGGAAAUCUAUCUCUUCUCCCUGCCAAUCAAGGAGUCUGAGAUCAUUGACUUCUUCCUGGGCUCCUCCCUGAAGGAUGAGGUGUUGAAGAUCAUGCCAGUGCAGAAACAGACCCGUGCCGGACAGAGAACUAGGUUCAAGGCUUUUGUGGCUAUUGGUGACUACAACGGUCACGUUGGUCUCGGUGUGAAAUGCUCCAAAGAAGUGGCAACUGCCAUCCGGGGAGCCAUCAUCCUGGCCAAACUGUCAAUCGUUCCUGUUCGUAGAGGUUAUUGGGGUAACAAGAUCGGCAAACCACACACUGUGCCCUGCAAGGUGACUGGUCGCUGUGGAUCUGUGCUGGUGCGUCUGAUCCCGGCCCCCAGAGGUACUGGUAUUGUCUCUGCUCCUGUCCCCAAGAAGCUGCUGAUGAUGGCCGGUAUUGAUGACUGCUACACCUCAGCCCGGGGCUGCACUGCUACCUUGGGAAACUUCGCUAAAGCCACCUUUGAUGCCAUCUCAAAGACUUACAGCUACCUGACUCCUGACCUCUGGAAGGAAACUGUGUUCACCAAAUCUCCAUACCAGGAGUACACCGAUCAUCUGGCCAAGACUCACACCAGAGUGUCUGUGCAGAGGACCGAGGCUGCUGCUGUUCCUGCCACCUCCUAAAUAUUCUUCUGUUUAAGAAAAUAAAAGUGAAACCUUGUUCUGAA